AUGGGUGGUAAGCAUAUUAAAAAUCAAAUAGCUCCACGACGUCCUGAUCCUACUGAUUAUGUUUGGCUGGAGAGACAAACAUUUCACAUCAGAGGUGAUGAGUAUACACUACUUCGACGACUUGGAAACGGAAGUUUCGGCUCCGUUUGGGUAUCUACUACACCAAGUGGCUUCUACGCUGCUGUUAAAGUAUUUGACCUUCGUCGCCGGAGAAGUGCUUCUAAAGCGCUUCAUUUAACUCGAUCAUUCGAAACUGAAAUUCGAAUGGCCUAUGAAAUGCGUAAUGCAGGAAACUAUGCUGCAACGAUCUACGGAUUUGAAUUUGAUCGGCAACGGAACGUCGCAUUAAUAGCUAUGGAGUUAGGCGAUGAUUCUUUGAAAAACCGGGUUCAAACUCUUCAUCGAUCACAUCGAGGAUCGGAAACAGCUGGACAUGAUUAUAUAUCAGCUUCGGAUCGGAAGAAUAUUUGGUUACAAUUAGUUGAGAUCAUACUUGCUUUAGACCGACUCCAUGUUAUUCAUCGUGAUUUAAAACCGUCGAAUUUAGUAUUCUUUGGUCCGGUGAUGAAAUUGAUUGAUUUUGGUAUAUCACAAAAAGAGUAUUCACCACACGAGCCAUUGAUCGGCGACCGUUGUUACGCUGCGCCCGAAUGCUUGUCAGGUGGAGCGCCUAUCACAACGAAAGCUGAUAUAUGGUCUGCAGGUGGCAUUCUCUACUAUAUGACUUAUGGCUCUAAGCCCUAUUAUCGUUCGCCAUUACCUCCACCAAACUCUGCAACAACCCGUUCAGUUCUUGUUCAGGAAGUUAUUCAUCAUUGUCUUCGACGAAACCUUCAUCGACGUGCUAAUCAUCAAUGGCUUGCUCAACAUCCGCUCUCGAGUAGUACCGCACUUGGUUAG